AGUACAGCACACGGGCAGCUACCGUAGAUACUAAAAUUGAAUACGUCAUAGAGCAAAGAGUGGUGUAUCAGGCUAUAUGUGCAAGAGACGGCAUUUGUUGCACACAGAAGAAAAGGAGAAGGAAAGUUGAGCUUGAAUAACAGGCGCAUAAAGUUGAAAAGUUGCCGUCCUGAUCGCCCAUCAUCAUUUCUUACAUCUUUUCCUAUCCGUACAGCUAACAACAGAACACUUUGGAAAGCAGCGUUUUAACGACUCAUGUGUGCGCAACCGCGAGAAAACCAAAAUCCAUUCUUAAUAACCGGCAUUAAUCUGACCGGCUUUGUCGAUAUCCCUAUGUGACCCAGACUAUGUCCUUACGAUUACCGUUUCCGGCCACCGGAAGCGCACUUCUUUCCCGAGUCCCUCGUUCAGCAGACAUGCCAUCACGACGUAAGAGUACACCUUGUAAAAUUCCCACCGUCAGCAUGCCGUCCGUGAGUAGUGCUGACGCCGCCAGCUGCACACCGGCCCCAUCCAGUGUCACACUGCCGCCAGCUGACGCUGAUUCCAGAAUGGAUGCCCAGCUGCCAGCUGACAGCAGUUCGCCCGUGCCCACCGGCUCCGAUGUGUCGGAUCCGAGCGGCAGUCAGGCCGAUGGCGAGAGUAUUAUCAAGGUCCAACCGGAAAGUCCCGGGGAGUGUUCGCGCCGCGUCAAGGAGGAAAUCUCUCCCCGUCGCACGUCGGUUUCGCCGGUUGCCGGGUCGAAGAAUCUGACGGAUGAAGGCCUGAUGGUGUUUUACAUGCGGGAGCAUGCCAAACUGAUUGCGGCCAUUCUGGGCGAGAACGAUCUGGCGUCGGACCAUAAAGAGCUGUGCUUGCAGCAGAUUAUCAGCAGUGUGAGGAAUGCGCGGGACAGACUGCGGAACUUAAACAAGGACCAAAAUUCGGUUCCAGUGACGACCAAUGGUCACAGCAACCAUUUGUCGCCAAGCUCCCGCCCGGAUACGCCGGUGACCAAGAACGGCAAAGCAUCGCCAAAAUCCUCCGCUGUCUCGUCGACUGGUUCACCCAGCCUUCUCCUGCCGGCGGCAGCCACGGAUGCCCAAACCAAUGCGGCCAUGUGGGGCAUGCUGCACUGCUAUCCGUUUCUGGCCCAGAUCCCCGGACUUCCUUUCUCCGCCAUGGCUCCUUCACUCACAGCAGCCGGCACCGACUGGCCCACCAGUAAAACUCACAAUGAGCACAAACGCUCGCAUGACGCACACAACGAUGACAUCGGCGGUGCACCGCUGAAUCUCUCCGGUCGCCUACAGAACCGGCCAAUCAAAACAGCGUCAUCCGGCUCAAACACGGCUCAUCAGCGUCACGCGGAUGCCAUGGAUCUGACGAAGCCGCGGUUCGCGGCGGCUGCAGCGGACCGCCACCGCGAUGACCUGUCCAUGCUCAGUGCAGCGUCGUUUCUUGAACGGGCCAAGUAUUCGGAUAACUACCGGUCCAGUAUGCAUUCGAUGAUGGGGAAGAAUGUGAUGCAGGACGAUUUGGAUUACUUGUCGGAUGAGGAAAUGAUCGUCAAUGAGCGCUUGAGUGGAUCAAAAGGCCGCCAAUCAAAAGGUCACCGUGAACGAGUGGAUGAUGACGCGAAGAAGCCGCACAUCAAGCGUCCCAUGAAUGCAUUCAUGGUAUGGGCGCGAGAAGAACGAAGGAAAAUCCUGAAAGCCUGUCCGGAUAUGCAUAACUCGAAUAUCAGCAAAAUUUUAGGAGCGCGCUGGAAAGCCAUGUCAAAUGAUGAGAAACAACCAUAUUACGAAGAACAGUCCCGGCUUAGCAAACUCCAUAUGGAGAAACAUCCAGACUACCGGUACCGACCGCGCCCUAAACGAACCUGUCUGGUUGACGGAAAAAAGUUACGAAUAAGUGAGUACAAAACUCUCAUGAGAUCUCGUCGCCAACAGAUGCGCGAUACCCUUCUACAGGGAGAUGAAUCUUCCAAUUCUUCGCUAGCACACUCCUUCGUUGGAUCGCCCAACAGCUGAGAGACAAUCAAAAAGCACGAUCCUGAUUAUCAAACCGGAACAGUAUCCCCACAAACGGACCUGUGCCGUGGCGCACCUAUUUGUCAGUUUUGUUUUUGCCCCGUUUCCGCUCCCUUCGAGUCGGCUGCGCUCUCCCACGUCUCUCUUCUUUCUCUCUCUCUCUCUAUGCCUGGACCGAUGCUACGCGAUUUCGCCGAUCGUGUCCAUUGUUUGUUACACAUGCCGAUACUCCCGUUUGUGUGUUAUUGUUGUUCCUGUACCUAGUCGUGGAGUGUUUUUGCAGAUUAUCAUCUGCAUAAAAGAAAGAGGGAGAGAUAGAUGGGAAUUUUCCCCAGAGAUCGACACCAUGACAAAGAACGCAGUUUGUUUUGACAUGUUCGAAAAGAUCUGCUUAAUCCGAUGUUCGUGUGUCCCUUUGGUGUUUGGCCGCAUGAUCGUUAUGUUCCUAACGGUUAAUUGAGGUAUGCCGUUAACCUGUUUCCGAUUGUACCAUAACCAUUUGGUGUUCUAUUUGUUUGAUGGUUGUUGCUUACUGUGAAUGACUAAGAAAACCCGUAUUUUUAUGUAUUAAUUCAAUAGAAGUUGGAUAAAGGAUAGUUCGCAAGUCAACUCCAUUCAGCAAGCAUUAAAGAUCAAUUUGAAAA